GACCUGAACAGUCGCGCUCAGGCAGAAGUAACGAUCAGAGAAGCACUGAGGGAGCUGGAUCUGUGGGGAGCUGCAGCUACCUUCAACCUGACGGAGUACACAGACAGCAGCAAGCGCACACUCACCCUCAUCAAGGACUGGAAGGAUAUAGUCAACCAGGUGGGAGAUAACCGCUGCCUGCUGCAGUCUCUGAAAGACUCCCCCUACUACCGCAGCUUCCAAGACAAGGUCAGUCUGUGGGAGGUCCGGCUCUCAGACUUAGACGAGUACCUGCUGAGUCUGAAUGCCAUCCAGAGGCGCUGGGUUUAUCUGGAGCCCAUCUUUGGGCGAGGGGCAUUGCCCCGGGAGGAGGCGCGCUUCAAACGUGUUGAUGAAGACUUCAGGUCUAUCAUGUCUGACAUCCAGAGGGACAACAGAGUUGUUUCUUUGAGCUCAAGGGCUGGCAUCAGAAACUCUCUGGUCACCAUACUGGAUCAGCUGCAGCGCUGCCAGAAGUCACUCAAUGAGUUCCUGGAG